UGGGCGGGAAGGGAGAGGAAGAGGGCGAUGAGCUCAUACGCCGGGAUGGGCGGCGAUGCGCCGGACCUCGUGUGCCAGCUCGACUGCGCCCAGGGCAUGGUCGACGCUCUCUCCUCCGUCCGAUGGAAGCGCCACCAGGAUGCCGUCGUCGAGAUCUCGGAGCACGGCGUCGUCCUUAUCGUGGAGGAAUCCGGCUGCCUCCAGGCCAAGGUCUACCUAAAGCGCGAGCUGUUUCUUGUGUACGAGUACACGGCGGAGGGGCGGCCCCGGUUUGGGCUGAGUUUGGGGCUGUUCGUCGAUUGUCUCAACACAUUUUCUACCCCUGGACAUGCCCCUGUGAUCGAAAUCCGGUACCCUGGCCCUGACAUGCAGCUUCUUUUGAAGACAGUAGAUUCUCCGGAUGCUUGCAUCUAUGCGGAGAUUAGAACAAGGAUUCCCGACACCAUAUCAUGGGACUAUAAUUUUCAGCCUACCGGAAAUGUUCAUGCCACAUUUACAGUCAGGUCUGCUGUACUAAAGGAAGCAGUUGAUGAUCUUGAAUGGCCUGGCUCCAGCAUCGAAAUAGUUCUACAACCAGACCCUCCUUCCGUUAUACUCAGAGGUGAAGGCCAUGGUGACUUGCAGGUAGAGUUCCCCUAUUAUGCAAAUACCGAGCUUUUGAUUGCAUUCCAGUGCGACCACCGUGUGUCGUACAGGUACAAGUACAAGUUUCUCCGUGCGACAACUUCACACAUUCCUAAUAGCAUUUUGAAGGACAAUAGAGGAAGCAAAGUGACAAUUGGGAGGGGAGGGAUGCUGAAGAUACAGCAUCUGGUAUCGGUUAAAAGAGCAGGUGGCCAGCACUCCCAUGGUGAUACCAGUGGUGGUAUUCAGCAGCUUAGCCGUAUUGCUUACAUCGAGUUCUUUGUCAAACCUGAAGAAGAUGAAAACCCUGUAAAUGACACCUAACGACCUGCCAUUUCUGCACAAGCAUGCACAGAAUGAUCUACAGGUCUGCUUCAUCUUCUGCUUUCGAAUUCCCUAGUGAAGGACUCUUUUCUCUUCUAAUAUGGACUCAUGAAAUCGGUCUCUUAUAUUCAA